UGCUCGUCUACCUCGUCAGUUCAAGCGAUUCUGCUCGUAUAGGAGAAUGUGUCAUGCAAGGCGAGGCGACGACGGCACCCCGGGCUCCAUGCCUGUGGCCGGCCAUGGUCGCGAGAUCCUCCCUGACAACGUGAAGCCGCUGCACUAUGACCUGACGCUGGAGCCCAAUUUCGAGAACUUCACCUUCCUGGGAUCCGUUCAGAUUGAUCUCGAUGUUGUAAAGGAGACGAGCUCUAUCACCUUGAACGCCCUUGACAUCACUAUUGAUACUGCUGCUCUCGAGGCCAAUGGAACCGAAAUUGCCGCCUCCUCGCCAGUCAGCUAUGAUAAGGACAAGCAGACUGCUACCAUCACCCUCGGACAGAAGGUUGCUGCCGGCACCAAGGCCAAGUUGAACAUCAAAUUCACUGGCACCCUGAACGACAACAUGGCCGGUUUCUACAAAUGCUCCUACAAGGACGCCAAUGGCAACCAAAAGCACAUGGCCUCCUCUCAGAUGGAGCCUACCGACUGCAGACGCGCGUUUCCUUGCUUCGACGAGCCCUCCCUGAAGGCGGAGUAUACCGUUACCCUCAUUGCAGACAAAGACAUGACCUGCCUGAGCAACAUGGACGUAGCUUCAGAGACUGAAGUCAAGUCUACCCUGGUCAGCCACCCCAGAAAGGCCGUUAAGUUCAACAAGUCUCCACUCAUGUCGACUUAUCUUGUUGCUUUCAUUGUUGGCCAUCUCAACUAUAUUGAGACAAACGCCUUCAGGGUGCCAAUUAGAGUGUAUGCUACCCCAGACCAGAACAUCGAGCACGGAAGAUUCUCGCUCGACCUUGCUGCCAAGACCCUCGCUUUCUAUGAAAAGGCCUUCAACAACGAGUACCCAUUGCCCAAGAUGGACAUGGUUGCUGUGCCCGACUUUGCUGCCGGUGCUAUGGAGAAUUGGGGUCUGGUCACCUACAGAAUCGUCGAUGUCUUGUACGACGAAAAGACUACUGGUGCUGCCACCAAGGAGCGAAUUGCCGAAACUGUGCAACACGAGCUCGCUCACCAGUGGUUCGGAAACCUGGUCACGAUGGACUUCUGGGAUGGCCUCUGGCUCAACGAGGGCUUCGCCACGUGGAUGUCGUGGUACUCGUGCAAUGUCUUCUACCCAGAGUGGAAUGUCUGGCAGACUUACGUUAUUGACAACCUCCAGCAGGCCUUGUCUCUUGAUUCCCUGAGAAGCAGUCACCCCAUUGAAGUGCCUGUGAAGCGUGCCGAUGAGAUCACCCAGAUCUUUGACGCCAUCUCCUACUCUAAGGGCUCUGCCGUACUCCGAAUGAUCUCCAAGUACAUGGGUGAGGAGAAGUUCCUAGAGGGCGUAAAGGCGUACAUCAAGAAGCACGCUUAUGGAAACACCACCACCAGUGAUCUCUGGGCUGCUCUCAGCGAAGCCAGCGGUAAGCCCAUCGACAAGGUUAUGGAUAUCUGGACUAAGCAGGUUGGUUUCCCGGUUCUUACCGUAAAGGAGAACAAGGAAAGCCAGAGCAUCACAGUCCAGCAGAACCGUUUUCUCCGAACUGGAGACGUCAAGGCCGCGGACGACAAGACCCUUUACCCCGUCGUUCUCGCCCUGAAGGGCUGUGAUGGCAUUGACCAGUCUGCCGUCCUUUCACAAAGAAGCGAAGACAUUAAAGUGGACCUCGAUUUCUACAAGCUCAACGCUGACCACUCGUCUCUCUUCAGAACAUGCUACUCUCCUGAGCGUCUGGAGAAGCUUGGAGAGGAUGCCAAGGCCGGUCGUCUGACCGUUGAGGACAAGGCCGGUAUGAUUGCCGAUGCUGGUGUCCUUGCUGCCUCUGGCUACCAGAAGACUUCUGGUAGCUUGUCUCUUCUUAAGGCUUUUGACCAGGAGAACGAGUUCGUUGUCUGGAACGAGAUUCUCACCCGUCUCGGUUCUAUCCGUGGUGCCUGGAUGUUUGAAGAUGAGGAGACCAAGAAGGCCUUGAAGACAUUCCAGCGUAACCUGGUCAGCAAGAAAGCUCACGACCUCGGUUGGACAUUCAGCGACGCGGACGGCCAUGUUCUCCAGCAGUAUAAGGCUCUCAUGUUCAGCGCUGCUGGCUCUGCAGGCGAUGAGAAAGUUGUUGCUGCUGCCACCGAGAUGUUCAAGAAGUUUGCUGAUGGUGAUUACGAUGCCAUCCACCCCAAUAUCCGCGGAAGUGUUUUCGACAUUGCUCUCCGAAACGGUGGCGAGAAGGAAUGGCAGAUCGUCUUUGACAGAUACAAGAACGCAUCUACCUCUGCUGAAAAGAAUACUGCUCUCCGCUGCCUUGGUUCAUGCGAGAAGCCAGAGGUUGUGCAGAAGACUCUCGACCUCACUCUUUCCGACGAGGUCAGAAUCCAAGAUAUCUACAUGCCCAUGUCCGGUCUUCGCUCCCAUUCUGCUGGUAUACUAGCACGCUGGAAGUGGCUGCAGGACAACUGGGAGCCUUUGACCAAGAGACUCCCCCCUGCCUUCUCCAUGCUGGGAUCUGUUAUUCAGAUUGCCUGUGCUAGCUUGUCUACCGAGUCACAGUUGAAGGAAGUAGAGGAGUUCUUCAAGAACAAAGAUCACAAGGUAAGCUACGACCGAUCUCUCGAGCAAAGUCUUGACUCUAUUCGUGCUAAGGCUGGCUGGCUCUCUCGUGACCGUGAGGAUGUUGAGGCCUGGCUCAAGGCCAACGGACUUAAGGCCUAA